AUGUCUCAUUCAAGCUUCAGCAUCCGGAGGUUGAUCUCACCUCGUCGUCUGCAUACAGUUGGUGUUGAUGUGGACGAGCGUCGUCACUCGGACGACUCUGCCAUGAGUGAGGACUUAUACAACAUCGACACCCAAAGCAAGCAACAAAAGUCAAAGUCAUGGGCGCCGUCCAGACGUCAGUCAAACGACAACGCCAGGCGGCCUUCAAGGGAGGAUGCCCUCGCAAGAAGGACAAAAAGCAUCAGGAGGAUCCCUAGCAAUGCAUUUUUCCUAGCUGAGGGCUCGCCUCAAUCUUCCUCGGGUUCUUUGAGUGGCCAUGAAGGUAGUACGCAUACAGCGUCCUCAUACGAAGAAAACGACGCCCUUUGUUCUUCCAGAUCACAGCCUCGGGCAUCUCGCUCCACAGCACCAAAACGCCUUGCGGACCGCAGACACCUCUGUAUCUCUCCUCUACAGAUAAAACAGCAUAUGGUGCCCGCAAGCUUCUCAUCGCCCGGCAUCAAAACGUUUGAGGCUGGCCAUGUAGACUCAUCAGAACAUCCGGCAUUCACGACAACUACUAUCACUCCUCCAACAACAGCAGAGGAUGACGGGCUAGAAAAGUGGUCAUUGAAUGUUCAAGACCUUAUUCGUGAGACCGACGAAGCCUUUAAAGCUGUAGGCACGGCCAUCGAAGAGGCAAAAACAGCAGUAGCAUCCUUUCCUCCAUCUUCAGAUACCCGACCCAUGACUGUCUUCCAAUCUCCAAAGAUAUCAAAAAUGGAUGAGCCACAUUCUGCGAAUAGGACCCCACCGCUGCCCCCUCCAACUCGGCAUGUCUCCAGCUUUUCCACAUCAAGGCCAAGAAGAAAGAAGUCAAAGAAGACACAAUACAAGUCAAGGUCCAAGAAGAGCGCCCGCUGGCAGCUUGGAGAGGAUGUCGCAGGCAUUUUGAGCGGACAAUUUUUCCGCAAGAUGGAAGUCAACGAGCUCCUCAGCCCGGAAUACAUACAAGCGAUGCGAGCUGGGCGUGAGUCCCAGCUGCAAUCUCGAAUUUCGAGCGACACCACAAGAACAGCUAGCACCGAGGGAAGCGAGACACCCGUCGAGCCGUUCCACCUGCAAGAUCUCCCCUCUCGGAUUGGGGCAGCAGGUGUUGGUGCUGCAGUUGCACCUAAUGGUAUGGUGUCACACCCAAAGACACUCGAGCCAGCCAUGCAGCGAGGCUUCACUGUGAAAGAGAAGUCCCCGCGGCGAAAGAUGCCUGUAUCGAAAGCAAACACUGAAAUUGAAGAGAACAUGGAUGCUGAUGCUGAUGAUGAUGAUGAUGACGAAAUAAAACCUCCUCCACCACCUGCAAAGAACCCUUUGAGGUUCUCUGCUCGACCGCAGGCAAAACUGCUGCCACCGAUCCCUGAAGUUGUCAUCACAACUCCAUACACUGCGCCUUAUACGAGCUCAAGAAAAAAUCAGACAACACGUACCGUUACGCCCGCAGAUGAAGACGAAUUCCUCUUUCUGCAAUCUACACCCUACACACUCAAUCAUCCUUCUAUUCGGCAUGGGAAGAUAAGGUUCCCCAAGACAGAUGUUGCUCAAGGAAUGAAAAUCGACCCUGAUGAGACCUUGGACUGGACCGCAUUUCAGAUGGCUAUCCUCGGCGCGGGAGACCUUUUCUCUGACCCUUCGAAUCUCCCUCAACUACUUGAAGCCGACGAGAUUUCGGGCCUCACCGAAUGGUUCGAGGACUUUGGCUUCGACAACCCCGGCUUGCUGAUCGCUAGCAGCAGUGCAACGGCAAGCCCUGCCAGCGUGGCGUCAGGUUACUCGCCGAUGUCGUCCGUCGCGUCGGACAUCGACCUGCCAAUCCCGGUUGAGUUUGAGUACCCGCACGGCUUCUGGAACGAGGGCAACCUCGAUGCGUCCAAGUUUCUCACGACGGGAUGUAACAUUCGACGGUGGACCAUGGAAAGCCACCCAAAGCGGUAUAACCGUGGGAGCUUUGAGAGCCUGCCGCCCAGCCCUAUGAUGGAACUUGUCACAAUUAGAGCCGCCAAUGGGGAAUCGGAGGUAGUGCCUAUGGGAUACAACCUCGGUCACGAUUUAGGGGAUUUUCUUAGAUGGGAGGCAGAGAAUGUUUACGCUACUGGGGUUUACUGA